AUGGCAUCCCAACAAGACCUUCAAGAGCUCCUCCGGCUUUUAACGCUGGGCAAAUUGCCGAUAAAAGACGCCAUGCAACGAGUCAGAGCCCUGCAAGAACAAAACCUGCGAAGCAUCCAGCAGAUAGCCGAAGCGCCCCUCUCCGCGAUCGAAAGUGCCAUCAAAGACCCCAAAGCCGCGAAGUCCCUUAGCAAUGCCUGCAAAGCCCGAUUGAAAAACCCUAACCGAUCCUCGGGCAGCAAGCGCGCCGGCGUCGAGUUGUUACAGGCCGCGAAGCGAUCCAAGAUCUCGGCCGACGAUACUGGGUAUCUCGAUGGACCGGCGCCGAUCCCGUCCGCCGGGUUCGAGGCCUCACUGGCUCUGCCUGUGGAGACGGACGAGGAAACGAUAGCUGGGACGGUACUGGUGACGAACCGCGCCCCGCUUGUGCUGGCGUUCGCGGUGGAAUUGUUGAGAUACACAAUGCCCGAACAGCCGCCGUCGAGCAGAUUGAGUCUGGCACAGGCGGUGGUGAGUGCGAAUUCGAGGAGCAAGGCGGUCGCAAUUGGACUGAAGACGGGAGCAAGUGCGGAUGAGGAGGGCUGGGGCCAUGGGCAACCCAGGGUGAGAAUAAUGGGGAGGGAGGUGACCGUGUUGAAGAGGAGUGGGUACGAGUGGAAGGGAGAGGAGACUGUUGGCUCCGCGGAUAUCAAAGAGGAGAACGCCGCAACGAGUGCUGCCUCAAGCGCUACAGUCACCGCUGAUCCAAGUCCAGCCAACGAGAAAAACAUCAUAGCGAACGAUACAUUGAGAACUUGGUCCGCAAGCUCGCCAGUCACGCUUAUGAAGUCGACCUUCAUCGUUCGCGCGACAAAGAUUACGGAAUCAUCACAGCGACAACCGAGUCUACAAGCUCUGUAUAACGCCAUCCCCUCUCUACAGACGGCCUCGCACAACGCAUGGGCCUACCGUGUCAAGAAACCCGACAUGUUCGGCUCCCACACCAUCAAAGAAGAGUCCUUCGACGACGGCGAGUCGGGUUGCGGGGAAUUCAUGCUCAAAAUCAUGCGGGAGAUUAACGCCAUCGACACCCUCGUUGUCAUGACGCGCUGGUACGGCGGUAUUAUGCUUGGCCCGGACCGAUGGCGCAUUAUGCGCAACUGCCUCAAGGAAGCCCUGGCCGAACGGCUGCGUGUCACGGGCGAGCAGGCCAGCUUAGGUGGAGAAGCGGUUUGGGGAUUAGACCUUGAGGCCAUGAAGAAUAAGUCUGCUGCCGCUGCUGCGGGUUCCGCGACGAGGUCUUACGAGGCGGGUGUGGUAGGUAUGCCAAUUCACCGACCCGAGGCGGCACGGGCAUAUCUGUUAAAGAGCUUUGCACAACGUGUUGAAAUCUCCUCGGGUGCUAAAGAAGCUGAAGGGGAAAAGCCGACGACGCCGAAGAAGAAGACUGCCAAGGCUUUGAAUGAGGAAAAGGAAGAGAACCUGGGGAGGCUGCUCGGUGCGAUUCGAAUAUUGUAUGACAGCUGGGCGGACCAUCUCAGUCUGGUGGAGCUGGACCGCCGGGCGUGGAGUUGGUACAUUUCUACGCGGCCCGAGGUCGAAGAUGGGCCAGCCGGUUGGGGCGCGAAGGGGAACUUAAAGCUGGCUAGCAUACUAGCUUUAGUACGGAAGAGCGCUUGA